GGAGUCGGCGCUGUUUUUCGCUUCACUUGGAAGCUCGACGUCAACGUGGUAGUAUCUUUCUCCGCGUGCCCGAGGAAGCGACGACCAGCCAUUCGCGGAGGGCUUUGGAAAAAAGAAAGCAGACAAAAAAAAAUAAUAAGAAAUAGACGUAGACCAUUAUUUCUUCGAAAAUCUGAGGAAGUAAUCAGAGAAGAUGCCUGAAGGAGAAGUAAACCCCAAGGCCUUCCCUCUGGCUGAGGCAACACUCACCCAGAAGCUCCUCAACUUGGUGCAACAAGCAGCCAACUACAAGCAACUGAAGAAGGGAGCUAAUGAGGCUACAAAGGCCCUGAACCGAGGUGUGGCUGAAAUGAUCAUCAUGGCGGCCGACACAGAGCCCCUAGAGAUCCUGCUGCACCUCCCUCUGCUGUGCGAGGACAAGAAUGUCCCGUAUGUCUUUGUACGCUCAAAGACUGCCUUGGGCCGUGCCUGUGGUGUAUCAAGGGCUGUCAUGGCCUGUGCUAUCAUGGCCAAUGAAGGAUCUCAGCUGAAGCAGCAAAUCACCAUGAUGCACCAGGAGGUUGAGAAGCUCCUGGUGUAGAAACCUAUUAAUGUACAAAAAAAUGUAAUUCCAUGAA